AUGACCAACCCAGAGGAUGUGAAGGAUAAAUUCUACGAAGAAUUAGCUACUCUGCUAUCUGCCUGCUUCACCUUACCCUGGCCAGCAUACCGCGGCUGGCGGGGAUCCCACAAAAGCGGUCGAACAAAAACAAAACUUAGAGUGACACCGAUCACUAUUGGCACAUGGAAUGUGCACACGUUACUGGACAACAUCACGGCAGACAGACCGGAGAGAAGAACAGCACUUGUCGCUAGAGAGCUCGCACGCUACAACAUUGACAUUGCAGCCCUUAGCGAAACUCGCCUUGCUAAUGAAGGACAGCUGUCCGAGUCAGGUGGUGGCUAUACAUUCUUCUGGAGUGGCCGCAGCAGUGAUGAGCGUCGCGAAUCUGGAGUUGGCUUCGCCAUCAAGAAUCAUCUUGUUUGGAAACUUGCCAGUUCCCCCAAGGGUAUGAAUGACCGGCUCAUGACAAUGCAGCUUCCGCUUCAAAAAGGGAAACAAGCUAUUUUGAUCAGCGCAUAUGUUCCUACAAUGACCAACCCAGAGGAUGUGAAGGAUAAAUUCUACGAAGAAUUAGAUACUCUGCUAUGGUCAGUGCACCGCACAGACAAGCUGAUUCUGCUUGGCGAUUUUAACGCAAGAGUCGGAUGUGAUGCCGCAGCCUGGGAAGGAGUCAUCGGGAAAAAUGGAGUGGGAAAGCGUAACAGCAAUGGCCUGUUACUGCUGAAAACUUGUGCAGCACAUGACCUUCUGAUCAGCAAGACGGUCUUCCGCCUUCCUACCGGUAACAGGACUUCGUGGAUGUAUCCCCGUUCCAAGCACUGGCAUUUGAUCGAUUAUGUCAUCAUCAGGAGAAGGGACAGACAAGAUGUCAGGGUUACAAAAACUGUGUGUGGCGCUGACUGUUGGACGGAUCAUAGGCUCAUAGUAUCCAAAAUGAAGGUCCAUAUCAUGCUGAAGAGACGACAACAAGGGUGUAAGGCUCUCAAAAGGAUCAACGUGUCGCAGCAAGACUGGUUUGACAAAAAUGAUGCAGAAAUUCAGGCCUUACUUGCUGAGAAGCACUGCCUGCAUCAUGCAUAUCAAAACGAUCCAUCCUCAGUGGCAAAGAAGACCGCCUUUAUCAACGCUCGCAGAACAGUACAGAACCAACUGCGCAAAAUGCGGGACUUGUGGCUGAGCGUCAAAGCAGAUGAAAUACAGGCAUAUGCGGACAGGAACGCCUAUAAGCAGUUUUAUGAAGCCCUCAACACACUCUAUACAGAGGUGUACAAAGUUGGUGGACCCGUGCUGCUGCGGAAAGUCACUGAGCUGUUUCAGUCCUUCUGGAAGCAGGGAACCAUUCCACAAGAAUUUAGAGACGCAUCCAUCUUGCACCUCUCUAAGAGGAAGGGCAAUUGCCAGCUAUGCGACAAUCACCGUGGAAUCUCACUGCUUUCUACAGCGGGGAAAGUUCUUGCACGGGUUCUGUUGAACCGAUUGAUCACUCACCUGGAGAAGGGCUUACUGCCAGAAUCACAGUGUGGCUUCUACAAGGGACGUGGGACUAUUGACAUGAUCUUCGCUGUGCGUCAGCUACAGGAGAAAUGUCAAGAGCAGAAUCGUGAACUCUACACAACUUUUGUGGACCUCACGAAAGCAUUUGACUCUGUCAGUUGCCAGGGCCUCUGGAGGAUCAUGUCGAAAUUUGGCUGUCCAGACAGAUUUAUACGAAUGGUACGUCAAUUUCAUCACGGUAUGAUGGCUCGUGUCCUGGAUGACGGUGAAACAUCUGAGGCCUUCCCAGUCACCAACGGCGUCAAGCAAGGGUGUGUUUUAGCACCCACUUUGUUCAGCAUGAUAUUCUCUGCCACUCUGACUGAUGCCUUUCAACACUGCUCUGAAGGAGUAGGCAUGAAGUAUAGAACUGACAGGAAACUAUUCAAUCUGAGGCGACUGCAUGCCAUCACCAAGGUGAAGGAAACUGUACUUCAAGACUUUCUCUUUGCCGAUGAUUGUGCUCUGAAUGCUAGUACAGAGCCAGAAAUGCAAGCCAGUAUGGACAAGUUUUCAACUGCAUGCAACAACUUCGGUCUCACCAUUAACAUCAAGAAGACUGAGGUAUUGCACCAGCCAGCUCCCCACGUUCCGUACUCAGAACCGUCCAUCAUUGUAAAUGGACAGAGACUUCAGCCAGUGGACCGCUUCAUGUACCUGAGCAGUACCCUUUCCCGAGCAGUGUCAAUCGAUGAUGAAGUAAACUGCAGAAUUGCUAAAGCCAGCUCUGCAUUUGGCCGAUUGCGCUCCAGCGUUUGGGAACGUCGAGGGAUCAGCCUACCAACGAAGCUGAAGGUCUACCGAGCAGUGGUGCUUCCAACUCUGCUGUAUGCCUGCGAGACGUGGACUGUCUAUCGGAGUCAUGCACGAAGGCUCAACCACUUCCACAUUUCCUGUCUGCGAAAGCUUCUAAAAAUCAGAUGGCAGGACAAAGUGCCUGAUACUGAUGUCCUUACUAGAGCCAGUCUGCCGUCAGUUCACACAUUGCUGAUGAGAGCCCAGACCAGGUGGGCCGGACAUGGCGUGAGAAUGUCAGACGAAUUUAUUCCUAAACAGCUCUUCUACGGAGAACUCACUCAGGGUAAGCGCUCCCAUGGAGGACAAAAGAUGCGGUUCAAGAACACGCUGAAGACCUCUUUGAAGUCCUUGGAGAUCAACACCGCCACAUGGGAAACCUUCACACUGAACCGUCCAGCAUGGCGCAGCCUCAUUCACACAGGCAGUAAUACCUCUGAGGCGAGGCGUAUUGCUGAGGCUGAAAAAAAGCGUGAGCUGCGCAAGGCCAGAGCUGCUUGUACAUCAUCGACAGUGCCAUGACCUGUCUGCCCGACGUGUGACAGGACGUUCCACGCCCGAAUCGGACUGAUCAGUCAUCUUCGGACGUACAGAGCCCGGUCAUCGAAAGAAUGAGUUGUUGAGGUCUUCAUCGAUAACGAUGGACGAACAUCACUCACAUGCAAUCCCCCACCCUGUACAUAGCAAUCCUCUGUUUCAUUGUGAUGUUUUUUGAUGUACUUUAAUGCUUUUAUUCAUUUUAUUGAUUAAAUAAUUGUAAUUACA